AUGGACCCCUUUCCCAACAUUCGACGCCUCCUAGGUGAGAAUGGCACCAACUUCACCAACUUCUUUGUCAACACUCCUGUCUGCUGUCCUUCCCGCGCGGAAUUGCUGGGAGGCCGUUAUGGACACAACAACCUCAUUGGGCCCUUGGGGCAUGGGAAUGCGCUUUCCAGCGGAAGUCGCGGAUGUAUGUGGGCCAAUGUUACAGGUCCAGAUUUCGUCCACAACCAGUUAGGCAGCUAUUUAUCCAAGCUGGGCUACACAAACGGCCUUUUCGGGAAGUAUAUGAACUCCCCUCCUUGCUCCUGCCCGGUGGAGUCGGGGUGCAAGGUGAUGCCGAAGGGCGACGAGGCGGUACCACCAGGUUGGGAUCGAUGGUUCGGCUUGUGCAACAUGGGCAAGUAUUUCAAGAACACAUACAACGAUGAUGGCAUGGUGGUGUCUACAGGGAACUCGCCCGAGGACUACAUGACGGCUGUGAUUGGCAACAGGACUAUCUCCUGGCUAGAAAAGGUUGCGGGCGCCAAGCAGCCGUUCUUUGCUUACGUUGCUCCUCAUGCGCCUCACAUUUCUGACGCACAGUACCCCUACAUCACUCAAGCCGCUCCCUGGCACGCAGGCGCUACUGGCAACGUAACGGCACCGCGAACUGCUAACUGGAACGUGCCCAACACACGCGCGCACCCGCUAAUUGCAAACCAGCCCAAGAUGGAUGACUUCACAGUCGCUUGGAGUGAUUCUUUGUAUCGUUCCCGGGUGGAGUCCGUGAUGAGUGUGGACGACCUUGUAGCAGAUAUCUUCGAGCUACUGCACCGCAAGGGCGUCCUAGACAACACCUAUGUGCUUCUCACUUCAGAUCAUGGAUAUGCCCUUGGUCAACAGGCAAGGCCGAGUGGGAAGUUCAACGUGUACGAAAACGACAUCCGUGUGCCAAUGCUGAUUCGAGGCCCCGGCGUACAGCGCGGCAGUCGCGUUGAAGCGGUGGCUGGCAUGGUUGACAUGGCUCCAACCUUAGUUGAGCUGGCCGGGGGAGAUCCAGAUGUGGACGAAAUGGAUGGCCGUUCGUUGGCACCGCUUCUAGCUGGCAAGACGCCGAAGUGGCGAAGCGUGUAUCCCAUCGAGUACUGGAGCCAGGGAAACAUCAAGCGUGGAGCCCCGGAGAGCCAGCAGUGCAACCCUAGCGAGGGUGCCGACUGCCGGAAGAGCUGGUGCACCUGCCGCUAUCACAGCUUGGAUGGUGAGAACAACACCUACCUGGCAGCAAGGUAUGUUGGUGAGGCGGGCGACUUCCUCCUGGCACAGUUCUACGCCGACCGGACGCCUUCGGGUGACCUGCCACGAAUCUUUGAAGACCUCAGCCCUGUCUUUAUCGAGUUUUACGACCUGAAGGCUGAUCCGUGGCAAAUGGACAACCUGUACCCUCAGGCGGAGAGCACACAUCGGCAGCUGCUGCGCCAUCUGCGCAAGGUGCUCUUCGCGAUGAGCCGCUGUCGCGGGCGCGCCUGCCGAAGGGCAGAGCUGGAAGAAGACACUUUCAUGGCGGUGGUGUAG